GGCGGCGGCGGCGGAGGUUUCUUCUCGCCUGGCGGUGGUGGUAUGUCGGCGUCACAGGAUAGUCCCAGUGGGCGAAAGCGCACCGGUGGUGGCAACCAGUCUCUUCGACCUGUCACGAUCAAACAGCUUUUGGAUGCCAAGCAGACUGUUCCUGACGGUCCUCAUGCUAUUGAUGGCCAAGAGUUGUCGCAGUGCGCAAUCGUGGGAGUCAUCAGUGAUAUGCACCAGCAGUCUACACACAUCAGCUACAUCAUCGAUGACGGGACCGGGACUAUCGAGGUGAAGAAGUUCUGGGAUAAGGACGAAUCUGACCUGGAUGCGGAGAGACGAGACGUUUUCCAGAAAUCAUCAUACGUACGCGCCACGGGGCACCUUCGGGUGUUCAACCAGAAGAAGUCUCUGAUCGGAUUCAACCUCCGACCCGUCGAUACACCGGACGAAAUCGCUUUCCACAUGUUGGACACCACCUUUGUUCACCUUUACCUCACGAAAGGGCCUUUGAACGGUGGACAACAGCAGCAAAAUAUCGGCGGUGCGGGGUACAUGGACGGCCAGAAUGCGACAGCGUACGGCCAAUCUGCGUAUGCACCCAACAAUGGGGGUGCGGCGGGCAUCUACGGCAACAACAAUAACAACAACUUUGGUGGUGGCAAUGAGAUGGGCGGUGGCGGAAACGAUAUGUAUACCCCGUUGCAGAACCAGAUCAUUCAAUUCGUGAGGCAAUAUUCCAAUACGCAGGAUGGGGCACCCAUCAUGGACAUUGUGCAGAGGAUGAGAGGGAAAGCAGCGGAGCCGGAGAUCAGGAAUGCGGUCAACUGGCUGUGCAGCGAAGGGAUGUUCUAUAGCACGACCGACGAGGAUCAUGUGAAGACCACUAGCGAUUAUUGAAACGUUCUUGAGCGUACGAUAACAUGGUCCCAUAGACCUGUAUAGCUCGGUAGUAGCAUUGGAGAUGACCGUUUGGCGUAGAGACCGAGAAGGCCUCUCUUCAUCCCUUUUGCAUCACACUUGUAUAGCUGGGCAUGUUUAGGGUUUGUAUAACUAGUCUGCAGCCUUGUAUUGGCCCGCGAGUAGGCCUACGUAUAUUUCCUUCUUAGAAAUGUGUGGAAGUGAGCACACAUAUGACUCGGCGCCAGGAAGGCAAUACCCGCCCCGUUUUGCAUUGCAGUGCACAUUCUGAGGAUGUACUGAGGUGUACUGCAGGUGUAUGAGUAAGCCCAGCAAUAAAAAAACAAUUCGGCCUCUGCUUUUACACCGCUCGUGGAU